AUGGUUAGUCCACUUCCUUCCCCCUUCAAAAUUAAGGAAGGUGGGAAGUGAAUAGGAUGAGGGACUCUUUUGUGAGUUUUAUUGAAUAUUCAAAGGGUUAACUCAAGAGUAGAUCUUAACUAUUUAGUGUCACAUUUCACCUGAGGUGUAAUAGUGAUAUCAGAGUCAUGGAAGAAAGGGGACAAAAGCAACAUAUUAUGCAACUAGAGUAAGAAUUGUAGUUCACACGAGAGUCCUUCCAAGUAGUCAAAAAGGUGUUUGAAAGAAAUAUGUUCAAAUCUACGAAAUGAUGGCUCGAUGAUAAGAGUGCUCAAACAAGAGGUAAGAGCGACUAGAGGAACACAUUCAGUUGACAAAUAGGAAGGUAGAGGAGCUUCAAAGAGAAUCUACGAGUAUUACUAGUGAGGAGGAACCUCCUACGGUAGAAAAAUACUUAAGAGCUUUCAACAAGCGACUCCACCAACAAAGGAUUAACCCCCAUAUAAGGGGUUAGAAGGAAACUAGCCUUCUCCCACCUAAGCCGUUCUCGGGCUAGAAGGAUACGGCCAAGGUGGAUGCCUUUCUAUAGGUGGUAGAGAACUACCUUAGGGACCACGACUACACUGACACAUAAUGCCUUGGGAUCACUACACGAUUUCUUGAAGACUUAAUAGCCCUAUGGUGGAGGGCAAAGGGAAACCAAAGACAUAGGAGGACUUCAAAACCUCCCCAGACAAUAUUUCAAACCCUUGACUUGGUUGUUUGAAGUGGUGUCCGAGUUGACAAUGCUGAAGUAAAGUGGGUCCACAUGAGAAUAUAUGUAGAGAUUUCUGAGAUUGAUGCUCGACAUCCUAAUGAUGCCCGAAGAACUCAAAAUACAAAGGUGAGGAGGUGGGAGGACCACCUAGAUUAUAUGGUGAUGUCUUCUACCUCCUUUAGUAUAUUACUAAGUAUGGAUUUCUUGACAAAGAUAACUAUGGAAGUCUUUCCCAAUGGAGUGACAAUCUAAGGGGGCGGAAGACCGCACUUUGUCUUGACCAUUGAGGUAAAUCUUGUAAAAUACUAGGAAUUAAUACGAUCAUAGGACAAAGUGAUCUUAGCACAAUAGGUAUAAAAAGAACUAAGGAAAGGGGAGGAGACCUUCACGUUGAUCGUCUAGACUAGCCCACGGAUGGAACAAAUCAAAAUCCUCGUCAAAAUUUAGCAACAAAUAAUAGAGUUUGCUGAUAGGCUACUAGAGAAGCUACUAGUCAAACUACCUCUAAGAAGAGGGGUAAAUCAUGUCAUAAAGUUGGUCCCAAAAGCCAACCCUCUAGUGCAUACAUCAUACACAAGAUGUCACUGCAUCACCUCAUAGAAUUACACACUCAAAUUCAAGGCUUGCUGGAAGUAGGACACCUACAAUCAUCUAAGUCAUCAUUCGGUGUAUUGAUGCUAUUCCAAAAAAAGAAAGACAAAAGCCUCAAGUUGUGUUUGGACUACAAAGCUUUGAAUAA